CCUACAACCCCCCAAAGUGGCAGUCAAGUUUUUGUAAGGCUUUUGGUGGGGCUCUUUGCCUGGUGGGCGCUCUGGAGGCGGCUGUUUUCCCGUUUCUGCGAUUCCGGACAGGAAAUCCAGGUGCUGGUGUUCUUUGAAAUACUGAGCAUAUUCCCUUGUGAUGGCGGAGGAUCAGGAGCCAGCACAGGCGUGCAAGGCUCCUCUUGAGCCUUCCAUGAAGCAGCAUACCAGCAACACAUACCGCAGCGCUCAACAUUCAGAGGCUCUGCUGAGUGGUUUGGUAGCUCUCCGAGACAGCGGCAUCCUCUUCGAUGUCAUCUUGCUUGUGGAGGGGAAGGCUACUGAAGCUCACCGCAUUCUCCUGGCUGCAUCAUGUGACUACUUCAGGGGAAUGUUUGCUGGUGGACUAAGAGAAAUGGAACAAGAGGAGGUUCAGAUCCAGGGUGUAUCUUAUAAUGCUAUGUGUAAAAUCCUAAACUUCAUAUACACUUCUGAGCUGGAGCUCAGCCUAAACAACGUGCAGGAAAUACUCACUGCAUCAUGCCAACUUCAGAUCCCUGAAGUUAUCAAAUUCUGCUGUGACUUCCUCAUGUCUUGGGUGGAUGAUGAGAACAUCUUGGAUGUGUAUAGACUAGCAGAACUUUUUGGCCUGAGCCAUCUGAAUGAGCAGCUGGACUCCUACAUUUUGAAAAAUUUUGUUACAUUCUCAAAGACAGAAAUGUACCGCCAGCUCCCCCUUGAAAAGGUCUACACCCUCCUCAGCAGCAACCUCUUGGAGGUCACAUCUGAGAAUGAGGUCUAUGAAGGGGCCCUCCUUUACCAUUACACACCAGAGCAGGUGGAGACAGAUCAGGUCUCUUUGAUGGAACCUCCUAAGCUGCUAGAGACAGUCCGUUUUCCCUUGAUGGAGUUCCACAUUCUGCAGAGGCUCCACGACAAACUGAGCCCGUGUCCAAUAAAGGAGACGGUGGCCAGUGCAUUGAUGUACCACAAGAAUGAGUGCCUUCAACCAAUGCUUCAGAACAUGCAUACACAGCUGAGGUCAGAGUAUCGGUGUGUUGUGGGCUUUGGGGGGAUGCAUUCUACUCCAUCUACGGUUCUCAGCAACCAAGCUAAGUACUUAAACCCAUUAUCAGGCGAAUGGAGGCACUUUGCUCCAGCACAGUCCCGCAAAAUGUCUAACCAAGGAAUUGCAGUUCUCAACAACUUCGUCUACUUAAUUGGGGGAGAUAACAAUGUACGAGGGUUUCGAGCAGAGUUCAGAUGUUGGAGGUAUGACCCACGACACAACAAGUGGUUCCAGAUCCAGUCCCUUCAGCAAGAGCACGCAGACCUCUGUGUCUGUGUCGUGGGCGAGUACAUCUAUGCCGUGGCAGGACGGGACUACCACGAAGACUUGCGUGAGGUGGAAAGAUACGACCCCAAAACCAACACCUGGGAAUAUGUGGCCCCCCUGAAGAAGGAGGUAUACGCACAUGCGGGAGCUACUUUGGAAGGGAAGAUAUAUAUCACCUGUGGAAGACGAGGUGAGGACUACCUGAAAGAGCUGCAUAGUUACGAUCCAGUAGCUGAUCGCUGGGAGAGCCUGGCUGAUGGGCCCGUCCGACGGGCCUGGCAUGGGAUGGCUGCACUGCUGGGGAGGCUGUAUGUGAUUGGAGGUAGUAACAAUGAUUCUGGCCGUAGAAGAGACGUUCACAGGGUUGCCUGCUAUACUCCAAGCACUGGCCAGUGGACUUGUGUCCGCCCUUUACCUGCAGGACAUGGAGAACCUGGCAUUGCUGUCCUGGGCCAUGAGAUCUAUGUCUUAGGGGGCAGAUCCCAUAACGAGGGCAUCCGCAUGGACUACGUCCAUAUUUAUAAUGCUGAAAGAGAUGACUGGGAAGAAGGGCCUCCUUUAGAAGAGGAUAUUUCUGGGAUGGCUGCCUGUGUCCUCACACUGCCGAGAGCCAUCCUAAUGGAGGUGGACAGAUGGGACCAUGAGUGGCAACGUGACAGACUGCAGAAUCCCCUGGAUGUUUCUUCCAAGGUCAUGGGUUUUGAUUGGGAGGAAUCUGAUAACCUGGGUGACGAUUAGCCCGAGAGACUGGCCUCCCUUCCUCUGACUUUUUGGCUUUCCCCCCUGCUGUAACUGAGCCGGGUAAUGUGACCACCUUCAAUUUGCUCAGCCCCACUCUUGCCAACAGAGUUUUGCUGCCUAUUCACCCUUUGGUGGGAGGCAGCCUGGUAACAGCGACAAGACUUGCAGCAAGAGCUGGCCGGAGGCUACUGAAAAGGCAACUAGGAAUGGGCUGGAUGGCCUUCAGCAUGAGGACACUUUGCACAACGGGGUGGCAAGUAGCCCACCCCCUGACUAAGGGAAGGCUUUUAGGAACUCUGUGUGUGUGUAUAUCAGUGAAGUGUGAAUUUAUAUUUAAAUUAUUUGCUGAUUUUAAAAAGGAUUUGAUAUGAAGAUGGAUUUCACCGUUGGUCUGCCAUUUGAGACAAGCCAAUGAGCUUUUUCCUGUCAAAAGGUUCUCGUUCUGUCCACUGAAGGCUUACUAGCUGCUUGACUUGCAGCACAAAAGACUUAGCUCAGCCACUUCUGAACAUCAGCUGUCCAGCAUAAAAUUGCUUUCUCAUUACUCCUGAAACAGAAUCCUUGGUGAGCACCUUAGCCUAGGAAGAACCAUCUUCUUCCAGUGUCUUGAGCCUCUGAGCUCCUCUGUGCUGCCAGCACCUCUGCACCUUUCUUAACUGCUUAUGGUAGCAGCCAGCAUCCCAGUACUGUGCAGAUGAAGAGAAA